UUUGAUUUUAAAAUUAUCUCACAAUCGAAAAUGUUUAAUUUCUUAAACUACUCCGUAUAAUUUAUGUUAAAACGGUUUCAGUUACUACCGGCUCAGUGAUCAUCAUUCCAGUUACUACCGUUCCGGUGACCAAUGUCUCAAUUAUUAGCGCCCCAGUUACUACCACUCAGUUACUACCGCCCCAGUUACUAUCGCUCAGUUACUACCGUCCCAGUUACUACCGCUCAAUGACCACUACGUUUCAAUUACUACCACUCCAAUGCAUCAUGCCAAUUACUACCGCUCCAUUAAACACCGUCAUAGUUACUAUCGCUCCGAUGAUCACCGUUAUAGAGACUUGACCUGUCAUAGUGACCACCAUUAUAGUGACUUGACCCGACAUAGUGACCACCGUCCAAUGACCAAAGUCCGUCCGUCCAGUGACCAAUGUCCCCCGUCCAGUGACCGACAUCCUCAUCCAGUGACCAACGUCCACCCGCCCGAAAGUGACUCCAAUGAUGGCCGCCACACCGGCGGUGACAAUGACCGCCCACUGCCACCAGUCCAGCCCCACCACCACCAACCCAGCCCCCUUGUCCCCAACUCAGCCCUCCAAGCCCCCUUCCUAACCGCACUGUCGUUGUCCUUGAACCUCACCAAACUACUGUCGCAUUAGAGCCUCAUUUGCAUCGGCGUGACGGUGUCGCACUGGAACCUCAACCACACUGUUGUCGCCUCAGAGACUCAACCGCAUCAGCGUCUCACUGGAAGCUUAGCCACACCGCCGUCGCCAUGAAAUCCCAAUCAACAAUUAGCGUAGAAGAUAGGGUUGCGGGAGAGGAGAAAGGAGAAGAAGUGGAGACGAGUUGCAGCGGCAGAGGAGGAGUUACAACGACGGUGUAGGUCCUGUCGUCGUCUUCGCAGAGCUUCAUACCUAAAUUUCAGAGCUCCACCACUCCAGAUUUGAAAGAAGAAGAAGGUCCUCUGCAGCGACGGACGAGGAGGCGAUGACGAGUAAGAGGGGAUGUCCGUAGGCGAUUUUGGUGGCGGCGAAGCUGAAGUUUCAUAGUUUUACCUUGAGAUUUUCAAUUUUCAGAAAUGCGUGAAGGCAUAUGGAAGACAAUGACCAAAACUGGGUUAAGCAUUUGGGCUGAUAUCAAUUUACAGGGUAAUUUUGACAAUUUUUCCCUUUUUAAUCUCUUUUUAGUCCACGGUAGGAAAGGUCCUCCUUUUGUCCAGAUAAAGUCCCCAGGUAAUAUUUUAGUCUUUUUUUCCAAUUUUUUCUUAGACCAAUGGUGAAUCUAUAAAUAAAUGGCUUUGUUUUUUGAAGUAAUUUAUUGAUGAAGUUAUGUAAUUUUUUUAUUGCAAUCACCAUUGUUCUAAAAUAUACUCCUAUUUAGAAAUGCAAUAAGAAUGUCCAAGGUCAAACUUGUUGACAUUUAACAACGGUCCUGUCUUUAGAGUUUACAAUGGUUCCGUUCCAAACAAAGAAACCAGGAAAGUGUUACGCUGCUCUUCUCAUCUUCCUUCGUUUUCCCACUUAACACGUACAACCAGUUCACGGGAUCUUCACGAUAUCUCACUACUCGCACACGUAGCAGCAUAUCAAGAGCUUACUCGCAGUUCAUUUCUUUUCAGAUUUUUUGAAGAAAGUAGUGAUUAUGGGCACCGGACCCCACGCAACUACCCAAAAUUGUUUCUGCAAAUGGAUAAGUCAAACUAUGUGCGCUGCCCACUUGGUGUCUCAAACCCGGCUGAAAAUUGAAUAUUAUCAAAUGCCAUUACGCAUUUAUUAUUGUUGUUGUUGGUAUGAUCAAGAAAGGAUCAAUCUUGAUAAGGACAGCUAAUAGGAAAAAUGGUACGAAUAAAGUUCAUUUUCAAGUGAUUUAUGAGGUUUGUGUCUGCUAGGUGUUUGAGUUUUUGAUGCUAAAGAAUAUGUUCUGUUUCAUGUUCUAAUUUUUUAACAACUGGAGUAGAUCUUUGUGCUGCUGACUUGGACCUGGUUUUUCAGUUUGUCCUUAUGGGGGGAAGUCGUUACUUAGUCGUCUUGUGUGUCUUGCUCAACCUUCUCCAUCUUCUUGCUCCUUCCUGUUCAAUUGCUUUAUGCACAAAUUCAGAAGCCCCGGUACUGCAUAAUGAUCCUUUGAAGUUCUGCUCUUACAAUGGAAUUUCAUGCUGCGACUCUGCUGAUGACUUACGAAUCCAGAAACAGUUUCAACUCAUGAAAGUGUCCGAUUCUGGUUGUGCUUCUCUUCUCAAAUCUGUUCUUUGUGCUGAAUGCGAUAAAUUCUCGGCAGAGCUUUACAGAAUUAGUUCUGUUCCCAGACAAGUUCCUGUGCUAUGCAACUCUACAUCCUCUUCAAUCUCAAACCAAACCACCCAAGGCACAAAAAGCUUCUGCUCGAAAGUGUGGACAACUUGCCAAAAUGCAUCCAUAACAAACUCGAUCUUUGCUUACUCCUUAAAAGGUCAAGUUCCUGCACCGGUAAAGUCAAACAUUACAAAACUGACAGAUCUCUGGCAGUCAGAAGCAGAUUUCUGCCAUGUGUUUGGCGGGCAAUUCGUUCAUGGGUCUGUUUGCUUUGAAGGCGAACCUAUUACUGCCCUAAACAACACUAUUCCAAUAAGUCCUCCAAAUGGUCUGUGCCUUGAGAAAAUAGGAAAUGGAACAUACCUAAAUAUGGCUCCUCAUCCGGAUGGCUCCAGUCGUGCUUUUUUCUCCAACCAGCAAGGCAAAAUUUGGUUAGCCACCAUACCCAAGGUUGGCUCUGGAGGAUCAUUGGAGCUUGAUGAAAGCCGCCCGUUUGUUGAUCUAAGUGAUGAAGUUCACUUUGAUACUCAGUUUGGAUUGAUGAGCAUUGCAUUUCACCCUAAGUUUACACAGAACGGACGGUUCUUUGCUUCAUUCAAUUGUGAUAAGCAACAGUGGCCUGGAUGUGUAGGGAAGUGUGCUUGUAACUCGGAUGUCAAAUGUGACCCUUCAAAACUGACUCCUGAUAGCGGGGCCCAACCAUGUCAAUAUCAAGCCGUAGUGGCCGAAUUCACAGCUAAUGGCACAACAGGAUCCUCUCGUCUUUCUGAGGAAAGAAGUGCCAAUGCUGGAGAAGUUAGAAGGAUAUUUACUAUGGGCCUUCCGUUUACUGCACAUCAUGCAGGCCAGAUUCUUUUUGGACCUGCAGAUGGAUAUUUGUACUUCAUGAUGGGGGAUGGUGGAGGUUCUGCUUCCUCUGAUCCCUACAAUUUUUCGCAAAACAAAAAGUCACUGCUCGGAAAGAUUUUGAGGCUUGAUAUUGAUAACUUCCCAAGUGAAAAAGAAGCAAACACGCAACGCCUUUGGGGAAACUACUCUAUCCCCAAGGAUAACCCUUACACUGAAGAUAAAGAACUGCAGCCGGAAAUAUGGGCCUUAGGAUUACAAAAUCCAUGGCGGUGUAGUUUUGAUUAUGCAAGGCCAUCCUAUUUCAUCUGUGGCGAUGUUGGGAAGGAUCAUUAUGAAGAGGUAGAUAUAAUCACAAAGGACGGGAACUACGGCUGGCACAUGUACGAGGGCCCCUUUCCAUUUUACCCUUCAAAAUCACGUAAAGGGAAAUCCACAGAAUCCAUAAACCCAAUUUUUCCAGUAAUGGGAUACAAUCACUCUGAUGUGAAUAAGAAUGAAGGGUCUGCAUCAAUCACAGGUGGCUACUUUUAUCGGUCCAUGACUGAUCCUUGUAUGUACGGAAGGUAUUUGUUUGCGGAUCUUUAUGGUAGUGCAAUCUGGGCCGGGAGUGAAAAUCCAGAGAACAGCGGAGUUUUUAACGCCACACUGCUUUCUAUCGCGUGCUCUCAUGACUCGCCAUUAAAUUGUAGCUUUGUUCCAGGAAGCUCCUCACUUCCUGCACUGGGUUACAUUUUCUCGUUUGGAGAAGAUAACAAUAGGGACAUUUACAUCUUAGCCAGCAGCGGUGUUUACAGGGUUGUUCCACCUAGCCUGUGCAAGUUUAGUUGCUCAAAGGAAAAUGCUACUUCCAUUCCUGGCUCACAUGGUGGUCCUCCCCCUGCUUCAGAGGCAACUCUCGCUUUAAGGCCGCGGUACAGAAAAUGGGUAAUGCUGCUAUUGUCUCUGUUUUUUCUUGGCGUUUUGAGCUGAUUAUGUUGCUGUCCAUGGUUUGGAGGCAAUCUUAUGUCCAUGCAGUCAGAAUUUCAUCUUCUUCACCAUCAUAUUCUUCGUCUACGUUUGAAGUUUUUCCCAACCAUCACAUGAUUUGAUAAGCUUGAAAAAUAAUUCUUGUAUUUUUAUUGGCGGUAGUGAUGAACAAAUCAAAGUCGCUAAUUUAUCCGGAAUCAUGAUUCUGCAAUACUGUUAACUUUAUUUAUUUACAAAGGAUAUUGCUUUCUUUUGAUGAGAGGAGAUAUUAGUAGCUACUCCGUAGUACUCCCUCCGUCUCAUAAAAUUAUUCUCGUUUUGACUUGAAUCGACGUUUAAUAG